GCUCAAUAUUCCCUCGCUCCUCGAUGAAGAGGACCUGAGACCAAAGAGAAAAGGAACAAAACUACCGAAACGUUCUAUGAAUGCAUUCUUCAUAUACCGAAAAGCGCUGGAUAAGGAGCUUCAAAAUCGCGGUUAUUAUGACUUGAGAAUGCGUGUAAAAGUAAGAUAUGCCGGUAUUCUAUGGAAAAACGAAAGCCGUGAAGUUAAAGAUAUCUGUCAGCAAUUAGCAAACAAAGCUAAAAAAUUACUUGAACAAGAACUCAAUUCGACGACCAAUUACUGCAUGCCAACUUCUCAACCCGUAGUAAGCGACGACGAAUCACCAUCCAAUUCUGUUUAUUACUCAUUAGAAAGUUUUACACCAAAUGAAUACCUAUAUUCAGCGCUAAACAAUGAAAUAUUACCCUAUCCUUAUUCUGAAAAUCCUGCAUCUUAUCCUCCAGAAUUUUUUAUGCAAUUUUUCUGA